UGCCAAACCAUCCAGUUCGCUGUCCCAACCCAGGACAUCAUUUCAUCGUCAUCAUCCUCCCUCCGCCUCUAUCUCUUUUCUCUCGCCCCAAUUUGCUUUUGUUGUAUUAUAUAGAAAGCUCAAAAAUUUUCUCAGACAACAACGAAAGGUAAAUACAGAGAAGCUUUGAAUUUUUGAAAGGCACCGAGUGAGGGAGUGAACAAAUAUGGGUGGUGGGUUGUGGAGAGAGAGGUUUGGAUCCUUUUUUACCAACAGAUGGCUGGUGUUUGUGGCGGCAAUGUGGUUGCAAUCGUGUGCGGGAAUCGGGUACCUGUUCGGGAGCAUAUCGCCGGUGAUAAAGGGAUCGCUCGGCUAUAACCAGAGGCAGGUUGCGAGGCUUGGGGUGGCAAAGGACUUGGGUGACAGCGUUGGGUUCUUGGCUGGGAGCCUUUGCGAGGUCUUGCCCCUGUGGGCCGCUCUCCUCGUUGGUGCUCUCCAAAACUUUGUUGGAUAUGGUUGGGUUUGGCUCGUCGUCACUGGCAGAGCUCCCACUUUGCCUCUAUGGGCUAUAUCAGUAUGCAGAUGUGCAUUCUUAUAUUUGUUGGAACAAAUGGUGAGACCUACUUCAAUACAGUUGCUCUGGUUUCCUGUGUGCAAAACUUCCCAAAAAGUCGGGGUCCCGUGGUUGGAAUUCUGAAGGGAUUUGCUGGAUUAGGUGGUGCUAUUUUGACUCAGAUAUAUGCAACAAUCCAUUCCCCUGAUCAUGCAUCUCUGAUAUUCAUGGUCGCAGUCGGUCCAUCAAUGGUAGUUAUUGCCCUAAUGUUCAUUGUCAGACCUGUAGGAGGUCACAGACAAGUCAGGUCAACUGAUGGUAAAAGUUUCACAUUCAUCUAUAGCGUCUGCCUCCUAUUGGCUGCUUAUUUGAUGGGGGUUAUGCUUCUUGAGGAUCUGGUCAAUUUGAACCGUACACUGAUCACAGUUUUUACUGUAAUUUUAUUUAUUCUUAUUCUGAUUCCAAUUGUAAUUCCGGUAUCAUUGAGUUUUUGGCUAGAGCCAAGAGCUCCCGAAGAAGAGACCCUCCUGUCUGAGCCACAGAAACAAGAACCUCACAGACUUCGACAGGAUUCUAGUGAGUUAAUAUUCAGUGAGCUGGAAGAUGAGAAGCCUAAGGAAGUGGACUUGCUUCCAGCACGAGAGAGGCAAAAGCGAAUUGCCCAAUUACAGACAAAACUAUUCCAGGCAGCUGCAGAAGGAGCAGUUAGGGUGAAGCGAAGGAGAGGUCCCCAUAGAGGGGAGGACUUUACUCUGAUGCAAGCUUUGAUUAAAGCAGACUUUUGGCUUAUAUUUUUCUCACUUCUUUUGGGUUCUGGAUCUGGGUUGACAGUGAUUGAUAAUCUGGGUCAGAUGAGCCAGUCUCUGGGGUAUGAUAAUACACAUAUAUUUGUGUCCAUGAUCAGCAUUUGGAACUUUCUAGGACGUAUUGGUGGUGGUUACUUCUCUGAGGUUAUUGUGAGGGAUUAUGCUUAUCCAAGAUCAAUUGCGAUGGCUGUGGCCCAACUCAUUAUGGCAGUUGGCCAUUUGUUCUUUGCUAUGGGGUGGCCUGGCGCAAUGUACAUUGGCACACUGUUGAUUGGACUUGGCUAUGGGGCUCACUGGGCGAUUGUGCCGGCUGCUGCCUCUGAGUUGUUUGGUUUGAAAAAAUUUGGGGCUUUGUACAAUUUCCUCACACUCGCAAAUCCUGCAGGUUCUUUAGUCUUCUCUGGUCUAAUUGCAAGCAGUAUAUAUGACCAUGAAGCAGAGAAGCAAGCUCAUAGACACCAUCCCUGGCAGCAGAAUUGGGGAUCAAUUUUUUCAGGCAUGUUUGGUGUGGAUGAGCCACUGAAGUGUGAAGGUGCCAUAUGCUUCUACCUAACUUCAUUAAUAAUGUCUGGAUUCUGCGUUAUUGCUUUUGUUCUAAGCAUGAUUCUUGUCUAUCGGACCAAGAUUGUAUAUGCCCAUCUAUAUGGAAAAACUAGUGCACCUCGGCUCACAUGACCAGAUUAUUCAUCCAAGUUAUUGUGGUAUUUGUACACUUCGUUCAAGGUUCUGCAGAUUCUUGCUUGUUCUUAUAAGCAUACGCCGUGUGAUGACGACAGAGGCGCGAAUGCUUUGAAAUACUUCUCUCAAGAGUGAGACUGCUCUUCUCCAUUAUGAUGCGGUUGGUCACCACGACAUAUAUAGUUAUGUAUGAUUUUCUCUCUCUAUUUAUUUUUUCUAAAGCUGAAAUGCUGUAUUUACUCCUUUCUCAAUUCGGACAUUAGUUGGCUUGAAGUUUUUAAAAUCACUGUCAGUUCUGUCCACUGUAUUGAGCAGAUGAAUAAAUGUGCUUGUUCAUAUGUUUUCUUUUGGUC